CAGCCAUUGACUACCAUUUGACCUUUCAACCUUACACUCUCCGGACGAAACCAGAGGAAGACGGUCAAUGAUGGAUGGUGAAUCAAUUAAAAAAAUGUUGAGGUCGGUGCUGCUUUCCUCAAAGGAGGGGGUGUCAAUCGGCCGGCUUCAAACCGAGUACCGCUCGCUGUGCGGGGAGCUAAUCCCGCACAGUAAGCUUGGCCACCAUAGCUUGGAGGACUUCCUCCGCAGCAUCCCCUCCGUUGUGCGGUUGGAGCACCGCAUGGGCGAGAUGCGGUGCUUUGCUGCUAUCUGCAAGGAAACGCGGCACAUCGCUGAGAUGGUGGCACGACAGAAGUCGUCCAAGAAGCCUGGCCGCAGCCAGCUGGUCAACUGUACGAUGAGGUUCAAGCCCUCCAACCCCUACAUGCUCAACGUGAAGCCAAGGUCAAUUCUGCGGCAGCCCUCACUGGGGGGCUCGUCAGGCUGGCUGGCGGCCCGUCCACGGCCCUACUCUGGCAGUGGACAAUUAAGCGCGUCAGGAGACUACAGACAACAGGACCAGGGGUCCAGCUCAGCUGUCCCCAUCCAACACAGAGGAGCUUCUCUUCAGCCAGCCGACAGACCCCCGCCUCAGCCAGCCUACAGACCCCCGCCUCAGCCAGCCUACAGACCCCCGCUUCAGCCAGCCUACAGACCCCCGCCUCAGACAGCCUACAGACCCCCGCCUCAGCCAGCCUACAGACCACCGCCUCAGCCAGCCUACAGACCCCCGCCUCAGCCAGCCUACAGACCCCCGCUUCAGCCAGCCUACAGACCCCCGCCUCAGCCAGCCUACAGACCCCCGCCUCAGCCAGCCUACAGACCACCGACUCAGACAUUCUACAGACCCCCGCCUCAGCCAGCCUACAGACCCCCGCCUCAGACAGCCUACAGACCCCCGCCUCAGCCAGCCUACAGACCACCGACUCAGACAUUCUACAGAACCCCGGCCCAGGCUGCCGACCAGCCUUCCUCCUGUCCAUCAUCCCAGGCCGACAGAACCGGUACUUUACGAGUGACCGUGGGUGACACCGGAAAUGGGAAAGAGGUGCCGCUGGACAACCACCAAAAGACUGCAGAACGACGGCCUCAGGAGCCAGUUUCCUCACAGCCAGAGGUCUACAACCCAGAGUUAGUCCAGAGCAGACUCUCUGAUCUGCUGUCAAAGCACUGCAGCGGCCUGUGGCUGUCCAAACUCCCUGGGGUGUACCUGGAGAUGUUUGCUCAGACCAUCCCCCCUCAGGCCCUCCAACAGCUGGACACCUGGUCCCACAUCUGCAUGGUGGAAAACCUAAACAGUAGCAACAGAACUGACCGGCUGCUCUACCCACCUCUCCCUCCUAAGCCGACGGCAGGCAGACCCAGCGGCAACCCCUUCACCCUCACCUCACCCAAACCAGCCUCCCCCUCCGACCUGCCCUCACCCAAACCAGCCUCCCCCUCCGACCUGCCCUCACCCAAACCAGCCUCCCCCUCCACCCUGCCCUCACCCAAACCAGCCUCCCCCUCCACCCUGCCCUCACCCAAACCAGCCUCCCCCUCCACCCUGCCCUCACCCAAACCAGCCUCCCCCUCCACCCUGCCCUCACCCAAACCAGUCUCCCCCUCAACCCUGCCCUCACCCAAACCAGUCUCCCCCUCAACCCUGCCCUCACCCAAACCAGUCUCCCCCUCCACUCUGCCCUCACCCAACCCUGACUCCCCCUUUACCCUGCCCCCACCCAAACCAGCUUCCCCCUUCAUCUUCACUUCACCCAAACCAGCCUCCCCCUCAACUCUGCCCUCACCCAAACCAGUUUCCCCCUUCAUCUUCACUUCACCCAAACCAGCCUCCCCCUCCACUCUGCCCUCACCCAACCCUUCCUCCCCCUUUACCCUGCCCUCACCCAAACCAGUCUCCCCCUCCUUCUCCUCACCCAAGCCAUUCUUCCCCUCUACCAUCUAUACCUCCCUCCCCUCACCCAAACCAUCCUCCUCGAUUACAAGUUUCUCCUCCCUCCCCUCACCCAAACCAUCCUCCUCCUUCACAAGUUUCUCCUCCCUCCCCUCACCUAAACCAUCCUCCUCCACAAGUUUCUCCUCCCUCCCCUCACCUAAACCAUCCUCCUCCUUCACAAGUUUCUCCUCCCUCCCCUCACCUAAACCAUCCUCCUCCUUCACAAGUUUCUCCUCCCUCCCCUCACCCAAACCAUCCUCCUCGUUCACCAGCCUCACCUCCCUCCCUUCACCCAGACCAGCCUCCCCCUCCAAUAGCUUCCCCAUGUCCAACCCGGCGUCCAUCCUCGGCCCAAGCCCCAUCUCCCCCAUCUCCCCUGGCAGCCCCCUGACCCCCCCCACCUACCUGUUCUCCCCCACCUCUGCAGAGAGCUCCCCAGUUAAAGACACGGCCUCGACGGCCUCUGCCAGCCUCUGGAGCCCCUCCCGGAGCCCAGGCUUCGCCCCUAAUAUGCCUACCGCCGUUUCCAACGCUGCUGGCUCUCCCCCCAAUUCCUCCGCCGUUAGCCCGUUGAGCCCUGAGCUGCAGGAUAGGCUUCUGGAGCUCCUGUCGAAGUACAGCAACGGGCUGUGGACCCACGCCCUGCCCCAGCUCUUCCUGGACACAUACAAGAUGGCCUUCCCCAAGGCUGUGUUGGCCCAGCUGUCACUGCUGGAGGACAUCUGCUCGGUGGAUUACCCUGUUUCACAUGACCGAAGCAAGGCCAUUCUGUAUGAGCGGAGGGAAGCAGAGAGCCAGAGGGCGGAGCCGUGCUGCUCCACGGCCCCUGCCUCUGGUGUCCCGGUUCUGGGAGUCCAGGCGCUCCCUUCCCUGACCCUCCCAACGGAGCAGUACCCCUCUGUGUUGGUGACCGAAGCCCGGGGGAGUGACCGGGUCACCGUCAGGUACGUCGGGAAGGGCUACUCCAAAGCCCAGGAGUCCAUGGAGAACGCUAUGCUCGCCUUCUACACCCAGAGCCCCACCCCCGACACCCUGCCCAGCCCUGCCAUUGGUCAGCUGGCCGCGGUCACCGGGGAUGCUGGAGAUGAGCUGGCCAGGGUCCAGGUCAUAGAGGACAUGACCUCUGAAAAGGUCAAGGUGUACUAUGUGGACUAUGGCUUCUCUAUGGAGGUGAGCUCCAGCAGUCUACUCGUUCUGCCUCAGGACUUCCUCACACUCCCCUUCCAGGCCACCACCGUCCAGCUAGCAGGUCUGGAGGCAUGGAGCUCCAAGCCGGUGGUUGUGUCGGCUCUGGAGCGCCUGGCCGUGGGGCGCAUCCUGCUGAUGGAGACGGUGGAGGCGUGUCCAGGAGAGAAGCCCCCGCUGGUGGUCCUCUACGACACAUCGCAGGACGAUGACCUCAACAUCAACGCAGCCUGCCGGAAGGCCCUGCAGGACCACGCCGCCCAGGACCACGCCCCCCUCAUAGUAAGCAGCAGGUACCAGGACGUGUGGGUCACCAACGUGUCUUCAGAAGGGUUCCUCUCCUGCCAGCUCCCCUGUAGAGGGCGCUCCUCUCUCAGUGGCCUGCUGGCCAAGAUAGAGGCCUUCUUCUCCUGUCAGGUGACGUCGGAGUGUCUGGUGUCCCAACCCUUCAGCGGGAAGCUGUGUCUGGCCCGUCAUAGAGGGAAGUGGUCCCGAGCAGAGAUCUACAACCUUCACGGCGGCCGGGUGAUGGACGUCGUCUUCAUUGACCUCGGGGUCAGCUCCUCCAUAGAGGUCACUGAGCUCCGGGAGGUCCCGCCUCCCUUCCUCACCGACCUCACCGUCCUCCCGGCCCAGGCGGUGCGCUGUUUUCUAGCGGAUCUGGAGGUCCCUGGAGGUCCCUGGAGUCCAGAAGCUCUCCUCUGGAUAAGACAGACAGUCCUCAACAUGCCCUGCAGCAUGAAGGUGGAGGAGGUGCAGCAGAGCGGUGAAGGUGCGGCGGUGUUCCAGGUGUCUCUUUUCUCUGGUUCUGAUGACCAGAGCCUGAACCAGCAGCUGGUCCUCUCUGGUCUACUGGGUCAGCGCAAGGAGGAGAACAACAACUACAUGGCGCUGGACGCAGGUGAUCUCAGUUCCCUGGUAGAAAAGUUGUCUCUGAAUGGUCAGUCUGUGAGCGCUGUGCUCCCCAAGGCCCGGCCUGAAGCAGGGGACUCUCCUUCCAAACCUGCCCCAUUAAAGCUCCCCACGGUGUGCAAGAAUCAUCUGCUGAUGCCUCCCCUGGUGGAGCUCCCUCAGGCGGGUCAGAACAUGGAUGUGUUCGUCCCGGUCGCGUGUCACCCCGGGCACUUUGUGGUGCAGCCCUGGCAGGACCUGUACAAGCUGGUGGUGCUGAUGGGGGAGAUGGUGCUGUACUACAACCAGAGCCAGACCUCCUCCAGCAUCCCGCUGCUGCACAAAGAGCACGUCUACGCCGCCAAAAUAGACCGCAACUGGCACCGGGUGUUGCUGAAGGGGGUUCUGUCCACCGGCCUGGUGUCUGUGUAUGAGCUGGACUACGGCCAAUACGAGCUGGUGAGCAGCAGCCAGCUGAGGUCCCUGAUCCCCGAGUUCAGACAGCUGCCCUUCCAGGCGGUCACCGCCCAGCUUGCCGGUGUCCCCCAUGGGGGGUGGUCUGAGGAGGCGUCCAUGGUGUUCAGGAACCACGUGGAGAAGCGUGCGCUUGUGGCCCAGGUGGAGAGCGUGCACGAGGGGUCGGAGGUCAAGGCCGGCUUGGGUGAGGUCAGCGAGCGGAGGUUGACAGUGUUCCUGGUGGACACCAGCGAAGAAGACAACGAUGUGUGGAUCCACAACAUUAUGACUGACCUUUGCGAGCUCCCCGCCACCAGCACCAUCUAGAGGCCUUAAGCCGAAUUGCAUCCCCCAAUCCAUCAUGGCAGCGUGUAUAUUGUUGAUUUACUCUUGGAACUCUUAGCUCACGCUUUUAUUUUGAAGCUCUUGCCCCACGCACCAGAUUUACUGCUGUACCUAGUUGAGAGAAAUGUUAUUUUAGUUGGCCGACUGGUGCGGUUUUAUUUGGUACAUGGGAGGGUUGUGCUGUGAGCAGUAGAUUUAGCAUGUGUAAAAGAAAAUUGGACCUUAUCUUACUGUUUAUGGAUCACUUGUAAUUUCGGCACAUCAACGUUUUGUCUUGUUUUAUAAUUGUUUGGAUUUGUUUUGACAUUUUUUGUGUUGCAUGUUGGCUCUUGUGUUUUUUUCUUUAUUUUCCUGUACAUAAGUUACGUUUGAAAAGUGAGGAAAUUGCUUUGUUACCGCUGUCCUUCUCUUCAUUUUGUUCAUUAAAAUAAGAUUUACAUGUUGUUCGAGAGUC